AUGUGUAUAAAAAAGAAUGGUGAAAGGUGGAUAGUAUAUAAGUUCGUGCCUGAACACAACCAUGAGCUACUCACACCGAGGUCUACUAGCUUACUCCGUGGCCAUAGAGGAGUUACACGUGUGCAAAAAAACCUCAUUCUCACUUUGAAUGAAUCUGGUGUACCGACGAGAAAGAUAAUGUCAGUAUUGAGUAAAGAAGCUGGUGGUGAUUUUAAAAUUGGUUGUAUUGGAAAGGACGUCGAAAAUUAUUCGGGAAAUAAAAGAAGAAAAUUCUUUGAAGAGGGAGAUGCACAAAGGUUGUAUGUAUACUUUCUUGAACGACAAUGUAAAGAACCUGGGUUUGUCUACUCUAUGCAGGUUGAUGAAAAUGGGAGUAUGGGCAGUUGCUUUUGGGCAGAUGCAAGAUCAAGGUCUGCAUAUCAAUACUUCGGAGAUGUUGUCACUUUUGAUGCGACGUACCUAACAAAUGUUUAUAAGAUGCCAUUUGUGUCAUUCUCAGGAGUUAAUCAUCAUCACCAAACCAUAAUGUUUGGUUGUGCGUUGUUAGUCAAUGAGACAGCUGAAUCCUAUAUAUGGUUACUGAGAACAUGGCAGGAAGCUAUGCUUGGGCGUGCCCCUUCAACCAUAAUUACUGAUGACGACAAAGCCAUGGCCAAGGCUAUUGCAGUGGUACUCCCAAAUACAAAUCAUCGGCUGUGCUUGUGGCAUAUUUUACAAAAAUUUCCAGAAUAUUUGGCACAUGUUUAUAACAAAUAUCUAGACUUUCAAAAAGAGUUUCAUCAUUGUAUCCAUGAUACUAUUACACCUGAAGAAUUUGAGGAUGAAUGGGUUUCAAUACUGGUGAAGUAUGAUCUAGCAUGUAAUGAUUGGAUGCAAAAUCUUUACAAUCGACGGGAGAAGUGGGUUCCGGCUUACUUGCGAACCACAUUUUGUGCAGGUAUGUCAACCACACAAAGGAGUGAGAGUAUGAAUAAAUUUUUCAAGGAUUAUGUGCGAUCGAGCACGAUGGUGAGUGACUUCGUUCAUCAGUACGAGAAAGCCUUAAGUGCACGGUACUUUAAGGAGAAAGAGAAGGAUGUGAGAACGAAAUCGUCUAACCCGGUUUUGAGAACAUGUUGGAAAAUUGAAGAAGAGGCGGCCAAAGUGUAUACAAGGAAGUCUUUCAAUAUAUUUCAAGAAGAGCUAUUCAAUUGUCAACGGUACAAAAUGACAAAAGUUCAGCAAGAUGAAGAAUCCAAGAUGUAUGAGGUGGCACCUAACGGUAAAGAUGAUCGGAUUUAUUAUGUGACUUUGGAUAGUAGACAAACCCAGGCAAUAUGUACCUGUCAUAAGUUUGAGUUUCUUGGAAUUCUUUGUAGGCAUAUCUUAUGUGUCUUCAUGAAGAAAUCAAACUUAGAUAUGUUGCCACAUCACUAUGUUCUAGAGCGAUGGACCAUCAAUGCUAAGAGCAGAGCUAUCCUUGAAAUACCAAAUUCCGAGGGCCCUUUUCCAACACAAGAAGAUCCAAUAUUGCGAAAAAACCAUUUGAUGAUGCAGUUUUACGAUAUUGCCGCACUUGGCUCACAAUCAAGGUUUAAAAUGAACCACUUAUCUCUUGCCUUGGAUAAGGUACACAAGGAAUUGCUUUCGAUAGAAGAUAUUGGAGAACAAAAUUUAGAAGCUGGAGAUAUGUCACGUGUAGAUUCCCCUAUGAUAAGAUCACAAGUAAUAUCAAAUUUUUCCCAAAUUUUACAAGAUCCUCAACGGGUGCCGACGAAAGGAAGACCAAAAUCUUUGAGAUCAAAGAACCCGAGAGAGACUCAAUCAGUGAAGAAACAGCGAUGUGGCAUUUGCAAGGUUGAUGGCCAUACGAGGAACAACUGCCCUUCGUUGGGGUAUGGUACUUUUCUUGGCAUUUUUUCUAGUCUUUCAAUCUAUUACUGA